AUGAUCGACCGCACCCUGGCGACGACCACGCUUCCCGCCAAAAACAGAAACCCAAUCCGCCUCCCCCUUUUACUAACAACAGUCAAUUUCACAACUUCCAACGCGCGCGCAAUGCUUUUCGAACUGACUAUAGGGGUCCCGCUGUGGAACGUAGUCAGACUAACGAUUUUGAGCUUCGUGACGUCCAAUCUGAUAUCAUUGAUAUGGACGACUGGCUUAUCUGUCCGGGCAGGGCAGAGGAUAUCUUCAGGGCGGCCUGUACAAUUAAGGCCGAGGCCCUUCACAAAGAGCUCGAUAGUGAUCGAAGAGGACACCAGAGAUGGCAAGGUUAGGGUCAUCCUAGCACUCGCCACUGUCACACUUGUGGCGGCUGAACUACUGAUGGAGUUCGGAACAGGUUCCGUCUCGGUCCCGGGUAGCACACUAACUUACGGGGGAUACCACUUAAAUACGACUAGUCAACCAAUCGACGUUUUGUCCACCGGUGAGGGGAUUUGGAGAAUGCUCAAAAGCAGUGACAGAGUUACAGGUGCAAGCAUGCGGCUGCACGGGCUGACAGAUAGAAUGAUGGCUUCGUAUAGCGUCACAGCUGAGGAGUUGCAGGUCCUGCGGUCGACUAUUGAGCGAGGAGAGGGGGAGUAUGCGAUCCUUGACUCCCUGGAUCCGAUGGAUAAGCUAGCAACUAGCCGGAACGGCAGUUUAUGGUUUGCUGGGGUUGGGGGAGCGGUCCUAUUCCGAGGCUCGAACUUCUUAUAUUACGACGGGGCGAGUGACUUCUACAUAAUAGAUUGGUCAACCAAGCUUGGAAAUCUAUCACUCGCUCCUCUUGAGCUAGUUAUGGAUCCUGGGUUUCGGGCUAACGUUCCAGCGUACGCUUUGGGCGGUCUAGAUCUCAGGAUUGAGGCGCUCGGCAAGGCAACUCUGACCCUGGAAUGCGAGACACCUCAUGACUACCCGACCGACUGGAAUGUUUCUUGCGAAGGGGGAGUCGGCGAGCCUGUCUCAUUCAUAAGAAGCGAUGAAAGUUACAGCUCGACACGGGAGGAUUCUUUAAUCAUGUAUGAUUUGACAGUGGACUUUGGGGAACGGGUCCAGGCACCGGUUAGCGCGAAGCAAUUUAAGACAGUAAGGGUUUUACCAUCGGGAUCAUCUCGAAAGAGGUCGGUCACCCACGUCUAUGAGGGGGUCGGGGUCACGGCGGUACAGCUAAGGACGUCCGUGAUCUUUGCAAUUCAUUCCGAGGGCACGGAUUUCAUAUGCUUAGCCAUGGGGAGCUCUUUACCUUUCUGGGGGGACAUCGCCUGUAGGAGCCGGGAAUGGAGAAGUGAGCAGGAAAAAGUUUCUGCUAUACUAGCUUUACAAGUCGCAACUUCGAGUUACAAGACCGCCUGGACAAUCCACAAAGAUUGGAUGACAGGAGACCCGUUGUCUACCCACACUACCGUCCAUUGGCUAUCAGAAAACCUUUCGGAACGCCGGGGGGUCUCUAUGUUCAGCACAGAGACAGUAGCUACGGUUGACAUCUUGUUUCUGAUUGGGCUAUUGCUGGUAGCAGUCGUAGGCAUGUGUGGAGUGGGACUGCUGCUGGUGAGUGCUAGGGCAGUUUCGCCCAAUUAUCGAGGUCCAAGGCGCGUGACUCUGGAAACUAGUCGCCGUAUUUUGGCAAUGUCGAAUGCUAGUAAGUAUAACUGCCAUGUCACGCCUCGAUUAGCACCUACCACUUUCGUCACGCGGACAGGCGACCUGACAUGUCACUUCGAGACUACAUACGAUUGUGCUAAUGAGGCUAUCGGUUACGCUGAAGUUGCUAGGGAUGGUCUGGUAAUGCUUGGCGGCCCACGGCGACAUCGAGGCCCCAGCCAGGUGGGCGAUAGGAGGACAAAGAACGCCAGCUAG